AUGAGAGAAUUACCAGCUUUGGAAGGUGAUUAUGAUGAACCUACAACAUCUAGACCAAGAUCACCUACACGUUAUAACAUUGAAAAAAAUUUUGAUAAAGUUGAUUUAGAAUUAUUAGAAAUUAUGGGAUAUCGAAGACCAAAUAAUUUUUUUGGUACUGAUAUUGAUAGACUUGAAGAAAUACAUAAAGAAGUAAAAAAUAGUGUAAAAACUUUAACAGGAGAAUUAGCUGGAUUGAAUAGAAAAAAACAUAAAACAGAAAUAGAUAAAGCAGAAAUAGAUAAUGUUAAAAUGCAAAAAGAUACUCUUCAUAAAUAUAAAAACAUUCUUAAACUUUAUUUAGAUUCACUUGAGUAUAAAAUGGGAGAAGGAAUGAUUUACUUUAACAACCCACAUCAACUUCUAAACAGACUUGACUUACUCGGUGGUUCAAUUCUUGCUGGUAAUAAUGGUGUGAUACCUGAGUUUUCUCAAAUAGCACAUCUUCUCAACCAAAUGAAAGUAAUUACAAAAAAACAACUUAAUGAUUUACUAAAAAAUUAUAUAGUUAUUAAAUAAAAUGGAAGAACGAGCUAUUCACAUUUCUUCAAUAAACAGAGAAAAAAGAGGAACAAGCAAACCUGGUGAUUUUACUAUUAAGUUUAAUCCAUCUUUAAAACUCGAUCCUGAUAAAACCCACCAACUUGCUCUUGAUCGGCUGUCCAUGACUUACUCUUGGUACAACAUUAGAAGUGAUUAUGGAAACAAUAAAAUCAAAUACACUCACGAUGGAACCAACUGGCAAACAAUUACUUUUACAGAUGGAAUGUAUUCGUACUCAGAUAUUAAUGAUUACAUUCAUCAAUAUAUGUCUCAAAAGUCUCAUCACACAACAGAUUCGGGUGGAAAGAAAACUUAUUCAAUUAAUCUAACUUUUAUACUAUCUACCUAUCGAGUUCUCAUAUCACUUGAUGGUGUUUAUCAACUUGAUUUGAGAGGAACAGAAUUUGGAGACCUGAUUGGAUUUGAAAAGAAACUUAUUACAAAAACAGAGUAUGGAUCAAAACUACCAAAUAUCACAAAUUCGAUUGAUGUGUUAAAUAUCAACACAAGCGCAAUAACUGAUAGCAUUGUAAAUGGAAUAAAUACAAAUACCAUUGCUGUGAUACCAACUGAUAAUCUUACAAGGUCUUUUCCAUUUACAUUUGAACCUAAAAGACCAUUGUAUUGCCCUUUAUCAUCAUUUUACAUUGAUGAAAUGAGAAUCUAUGUGACGGACUCACUUGAAAGACCAGUAAAUUUUAAUGGUAUUGAUUGGUUUAUGACUUUAAUACUCCAUUCAAUGUAAUAUAAUAAGGGAACCUUCGGUUCCCCUAACACCCCUCCCUCUAAAGAAUAUAAACAUUAGAUAAAAAUGAGUCGACAAUCAGAGUUUAAAAUGAAACUUGACCCUGAAUUGGGGAGAUAUACAAGACAACAUAUUUAUGGUGAAGGAAUGAUGGAUGUGUUUAAAUCAGUUGGUUCAAAAUUAUUUGGAAAAACAGUCAAAUCAGCUGUUAAAAAAGGAGCUUAAAAAGCAGUGACAGCAGCUGCAACAAAAACUGGUGAACAUGUUGGUAAAAAGGCUGGUGAUAAGAUAGUGCAAAUGUUAUCAAAAGGCACUCCCUCCCAAAAACCCCCUGCUAAAAAAGUUAAUUUUAAUAAAAAUGUUGAAACAAUAACUCAACAAGAGAUAGAUCAAAUGUUGAAUAACCUUCUUAGUGGAGGUUCAACACGUAAGAGAAAAUUAUAUAAUUAUUAAAAUAAAAUGAAGUCUUUUAGAAAUCCAAAAUAUUUAGACAGAUAUGAGGAUGUUGUUUUUGACCUGGAACAGACUCUAGAUGCUGCUCCAGCAAAUAACGCGCACCAAACUAAAACAGGUCUUAGAUUUGUUGCUGAUAAUACAGGAGAAUCCACUCCUUUUGAUUGGUAUAACGCACGAUUAUCAAUGGAUUUUAAAGUAAAUAAACUGGCAGAUGGGGGAAAUAUUGCUGUUGCUGACCAUAACGGAAUUGUAAAUGGUAGUAACUCCUUUAUAGAAAAAUUAAGUAUCCUAGCAAAUGGACGAGAAGUUUAUAGUUGUAAUUAUGCGAAUCAUGUUGUAAAUAUUAAAAAUUUGCUUGAGUAUAAUCCUUCAUAUGCACAGAGUGUUGCUACAAAC